UUUCUAUUGUUUUAGACGUUGGAAACGAAAUGCUAAGUAUUCAAUCGAUUGUGGGAGUAGUGUCAUUGAUUUGUUAUAUAGUAACAACACCACAGCAAUGUUCAGAGCAAAGGAAGGAUUGGAUAUAAUUUUAUGUCGCUUCGCUAGUGACUAAUUUACACAUGGAGAGUUUGUAGGACUGAUGGCAGCAUGCACAUGGCUUGAGGUUUGCGGUUCGCGCUUUCAUGGCUUCUCCUCGUGCCAGCUAAUGGCAAUUUUAAUAGACGCGGGUUAUUUCUGUUUCGGAAUAAUCCUGACCGAAGUUCAGAAAAAUCUUCACCAUGACACCCGCUAUAAAACAAACAGGUGGUAUUUUCCCUACUCCUCCUCCUCCUGACAAGGACUGCAGAAUUUCCAUGCCACAACAAUUGGCUUCAGCAUGGACAGGAGCGAUUUUAACAUCAAUGAUAGUUACUCCAUUAGAUGUGGUAAAAGUUCGUCUCCAAACUCAACAAAAAACUCUGUUAUCAAAUAAAUGUUACCUCUAUUGCAAUGGACUAAUGGACCAUUUGUGCCCUUGUGACCCUUGUGUACCUGGUGUGCGAUCAGAACCUCAACUUCCAAAAUUCACUGGAACAGUGGAUGCUUUGUUUAAAAUUUCUCGGUCAGAAGGUAUUGGAUCUUUGUGGAGUGGUUUAGGUCCAACAUUAGUUUUAGCUGUUCCAUCAACUAUGAUUUAUUUUGUAUCUUAUGAAAAUAUCAGACUGUUUUUCAAAGAUAAGAAUAAAGGAAUUCAACCGGUAUGGGGGCCUCUAAUAGCUGGCAUGACUGCCCGUGUUUGGGCGGCUACAGUUGUUAGUCCAAUUGAACUUUGUAGAACUAAAAUGCAGUCUAAGAGACUAAGUUACAAAGAGAUGCAUGAAGCAAUCAAAAUGCAAUUGAAAGAUCGUGGUAUAUGGGGAUUAUGGCGGGGCGUUGGAUCUACCUUAUUGAGAGAUGUCCCGUUCUCAGGGAUUUAUUGGUUAAGCUAUGAGAAUUUCAAAAAUGCCUUUACAACAGGCCCACCAUCAUUUCUCUUGAGCUUCCUGGGGGGUGCACUUUCUGGAACAGUAGCUGCUACAGUAACUACUCCCUUUGAUGUGGUGAAAACUCAUCAGCAAAUUGAAAUUGGAGAGAAGGAAAUAUAUUCAGCUUUGCAGCGUGACGAUGAAAUAUUUUAUAUUUUUGGUUAUGAUGAAAAAAGUUCAGAUGCGGAUUCACAGAAUCAUCGCAAUGUGUGCCGAACUCUUUGCACUGUUUUAAAUGUGGAAGGUUCAGCCAUAUGCAACAAAGAUGCAGGACAGAAAGCCAGUCCGAGCAACAACAUCCCUUUCUUGUCAGAAACGCUUUCUGCUGUCGCCAAAAGAACUGCUCAAGGUCCUGAUGAAAUUCACAGCCUAAUACUAAGUCUUUCUAAUGUAGCCAUGGAAUUUCUCAUCUGGCUUCAUAAUUGCAUCUGGGAAGAGGAUGCUAUCCCUGCUAUAUGGUGCAAAGCUAUUGUUAUACCAUCUUUAAAAGAAGGAAAGAGAUUGUCUGUAAACCAGAUGUGUCUCCUCCUCAAAUUUCCUACGUAUCGGCUCAGUUCUGGAUUAUGGUUCAGUAUUGAAUAUCAGUGGAUCAACGGCUUUUUAACAGUGUCCAUCAUUGAGGUACAUAGAGGCAUAGAGGUAGAUACUGUACUUAGCAGGAUUGACUGCCUUCUAGCUGAUGCUGGCAAAAAUAGCAAGAUGACUUUUGCAAGGCUAUUUGGAUUUGGAACACUUCUUACAGAGACACCUUCUCGAGGAGCAUCUCUACGCACUGUAAUAGGAAGGAUAUACAGUGAAAAUGGUGUAAGAGGUCUUUUUGCAGGCUUGACACCACGAUUGGUGAAAGUGGCUCCAUCAUGUGCUAUAAUGAUCUCUUCUUUUGAAUAUGGAAAAAAUUUUUUCUGUCGUUACAAUAAAAAAGUAGCAGCAGCAAGUCAGACCUCACCGAAUUCACAGACUAGUCAUUAAGGAGUAUUUUGUAGUUAAGCCCAAACUUGUUUUAAACAGUGUUAUAUAUACUUAUAUAUAUAUACAACAAUAAAACUGUCAGAACUUUCUUUAGUUGUUCUUACCAAAGUAUUCUGUUUACCAUGUCUAUUGCUUGGUUUGUUGUCUACUUAUUUUAGAAAAGGAUUUUUCAUUGGUUCCGCAUAAUAUGUUUCAUUUGUAGUUCCUUUUAUUUUAUUUUUUUGCAUAUUCUUGUUUUAUUGACUCUGCAUUCAUUGCUCCAAUGUAGGAAAUCUUUAGUAGAAAAGUGCUUUUAUUCCAUAUAGAAAAAUAAUUCUUGGUUGAUGGUAAGUCAAUUAUAUAAAACAAGGUGUUAAUAUUUUUGUUAAAAAUAAGUACUUGCAUAUCUACAUGACACAAGAACUAGGGAGGUUUUGCAGAUGUUUUCCAUGAUAAUUUUUAUUUAACAAGUGGCUUCCACUGAUCUUGAAAUUUGUUCUCUCAUUGGAAAUAAUGUUUUGUUACAUAUGAAUGAUUACACAAUCGGGUUGUAAAAAUGUAAAUUGUAAGCAGGUAGAUAUACAUUGUAAAAAGUGAUGGAGAGAUAUGUUCCUAUUAUAAAUAUAUAUAAAAAAAAUUGCAUUCUGCAAAGAGUCUAAGUUGGAUUUUUUGUUUAUUUCAAAUAUUGUUAUCUUGUUCAGUAAAAACUAUGUUCAGUGUUAUUCAGUUGUUUUCCCAUCAUAGGGAACAUGACCUGAAAAAGUUCAGUUUUCUGAAUAUUUGUAAGUAACAAUUGUCUACAUAUUGCUGCAUUUGCUUUUGAUUUGAAUGUUGUUUUACUGAAUUUUCUUUAAUGCAUUUUCAUUAUUCUUUGAAUAAUAUUUGUCCACUUGACAGCUAGUGGUUGACAGAGGAGAGGAAGUUCUGUUAUUCAAUCACAGGCUUCAAAUGAUGUCACUGCAGUAGCCAAUACUUGUUAAGGGAAAAAAAGAAAAAAAAAAAGAGGCUAAAGCACGAAGCAACUGUAAAUUAAAGAACGCAUUACUUCUUUGGUGCUCAGAUUGCACUUCUCCUCCAUACAUCACAUAGUAUUUUUACUGAUUUUUGACAAAAUGAAAUAAAUCAUGAGUAGUCUUAACAUUCAUCACGUACAAUCUUUGACAUCACAUAUAAUUUAAACAAUAGUCAAACAAAUAACAGAUGUUAAUAACUAACGUUAUUGGAUCUUUUUCAUUCUCAUAUAUUGAAUAAAAAUGUUAUGAAAUAAAAUUUGAAAUUAAGUUUUUCAAAAUCUUUCUCAAAAAUUUCUAAAAUAACAUCCUUUUUGAAGAUUAUUUUAAAAUUCAACUUUUUAGUAAGAUACGUAGUAUUUGGUGAAGCAUUUUUUACACCGUUGACUUCAUAAAGUAUUCACUUCUAAGAAAAUAACCAAUCAAUUGCCAUUGUCAUUAUCAUCACCACCUUCAAUCUUUUGAGGUUUAAUAUUGUAAUAUGUUUAUGGAGAGUGGAAUGGAAGUGAAUAGUGAUAAUGGACAAUGUAUAGUCUAAAAUCAUUACUUGAAAAGUAAUUGAAUUAGAUUUUUUGUUUCUGUAGGGUACAUUCCUUAAUUGUGUUAUGUAUUACAAGUAGUGGUUUCAAAUUAAUUAUCAGCAAGUUACCAAAUACCAGUUGCUGGUAGAAUUUCAAGUAUUAGAAACCCAGAUAAGUUGUGGUAUCAAAUAAAUACACUCUAAUAGUUAGAAUAACAUUGCCUUUGAGGUACAUUGUUUUAGAAGGAGGAAGUGCGAUAUGAUCGUUUUUAUGAAUAAUAUUAUUUGUCAUUGUCAUGUAAAGAAUUUUUAUAAAUAAAUAUAUAUUUUACUCAGC